UGCCCUCCUUUCGAACCCUCCAUUGCCGAGCCUCUCGAUGGCAGCCUCUGGACCGCGGACGGUCGACAUCAGCGCGCCGCCAAGGACAUACGCCAUAAUGAUACACUACCGCUUGCAGCAAGAUCGCGUGCGAUCGGGCAGAGUUUCAAAGGCCCCGGUCAUCGGCGGCCGGCCCUGUGCGCCUUCUCGGUUGGCGUCUUGGCGCAGUCGACAUCCUCAAAAGAGAUCAUAUGGUCCUCAGUCGCCUACGUCUACCAUGGCGAACGGCAGCCUCUUGUUGCCCUCGGCAGUCCAAUUCUCACCCCGCUUGGAGCCCAGCAAAUGUUGGCCCAAGGCACUCACUUUCGCGCCCGAUACCUGAGCAGUGGAACAUCUGGCAGCACCGGGAGUUCACACCGCAUAUCGAGUCUUGACACGGAUUCUCUGGAUUCCACCAAGAUCAGCAUAUUGUCCAGUGACGAUGCAUACGUUUCCUCGAGUGCCAUUGCCUUCAUGCAAGGCUUGUAUCCUCCUGUUACGGGAACCAUGGCCGGUAUUGCGGGCGGUGCUGCGGUCGCCAGGCUUGCCAACAAUUCUGUUCUCGAAUUUCCACUCAACGGCUAUCAGUACCCUAGGAUACAAGCCUCUUCAAUGUCGAGUCCUGAAUCUAUCUGGUCUCAGGGAUACCGCAAUUGUCCUUCCAAAAGCCACUCAGAGCUGGAGAUUGUCAACAGUGGGGAAAUGAAGAAGCUCAAAGCAGAAUCGCAGCCUCUCUUUGACAAAUUUCGUGAUAGUCUGUUGGAAUCCUCGGGCCUGUUCAAGAGCGUCUCGAGUUUAGAAUACGACUAUUUCGGCAACGCUUACGAUGUUUAUGAUUUUGUCCAAUACAACUAUACCCACGAUAAUAUCACGCAGACCAUCGUCCCACGGGCAGAUAUUGACAGUCUUGAAAAAUAUGCGGCUCGACAACAACGAGAGCUGCACGGCAACCUAACUGUAAGCGGUACAGAGCCAAACGACCAGAUUCGUGCCAUCGGCGGUAAGACCCUUGCUGCCAGGAUUCUCUUGCAAAUCAAGGCAUCCAGCAAUGAUAAAAUCGCGACGCAUUCGAGCCUCCAAAGGAGCAAACUCACCUUGAUGUUUGGCUCUCACGAACCCCUUGUCUCCUUAUUUUCACUCACUGGGCUCGUCAACGGUAACAGCAGACAAGUCUUUGAGGCUCUUCCCAAACCAGGGGCAGCAGUCGUUUUUGAAACUUUCACGGCCGGAGGGAGCGCGUCUGAGGAUGGCCAACCACCUCCCGUCGAAGACCUUUUGGUGCGCUUCCUGUAUCGCAACAGCUCGGAGGAUAACGCAUCAUUCGUGGCGUACCCACUUUUUGGUAGAGGCAAUGCGGAAUGGCAGAUGAGAUAUACGGACUUUGCAGAUGCGAUAGACAGGAUUGACCUGCCGACGUGGCAGCUGUGGUGCGCUGCUUGUGGUCAUGGUGCAACAUUUUGCCCUGGCAAUAAGGCUGUUACAUCGGGACUCGACGGCCUAGGUGAAUCGGGUGGAUCGAGGGGGAACAUGAGCCUAGCAGUAGCGGGAGUCAUUGGUGCCGUUGUCGCCCUAGCCCUCAUGGCGAUUUUGACAAUCAUGGUGGCCCUUCUUGGCGGUCUAAGGCUCAGUCGCAGAAAUCAGACGCAAGCACAUGGCUCAGGAGGCCUUGCUGCAUCCGGCGGUUUCCGAGGUGUGGAGAAGAGAGAAAAUGAUCGUGACGUGCAAGUUACCCAAGGCGGUAUCCAUCACGAACGUUCUGGUAGUUGGGAGUUGAGAUGCGCGGGUCCCCAAAGCCAUCAACAAGUUGCGCGUGAUGUCAGUCUUCGGCCAGGACUCUCCGUGAUGCGGCAGCAAGGGGAUAGCCAGACGCCGGGGAAGCGAGGGGGUAAUGCAUCGCCGCUGGACGAUGAGACCGGCAGCAUAUUCGGUGCAUCACCUGUAGAGCCAAGGUCUGCCAUCUAA